AUGGCCGGCACGGGACCGCCCUGCCGGGGCGCCCCGCCUCUGGGGCGGCGCCCCCGCGACAAGGACCCGGGCGGGCACUGGCGGGAGCUGGCCGAGCUGCUCGAGGCCGUCGUCAGGCCCCUGCUGCUGGAGCAUGAGCAGCGCCUCUCCAGGUCCAUGUCGGCCAUGUUCGACAACUUCCGCGCGGCUCCGAACUUGCCAGUCGGCCUGGACGUAUCCGCCGACGGGUGCCCAGAAGAGCGCCUGAGCAGGCGGCGAUCGCCAGACCGCUGCGUGCAGAUGCCAGACCCGAGCUCCGGGUUGGUGCCAGAAAGGCCGCAGCGCCAGAUCUCGCAGUCGUCCAAGUCCAGUAGGUCGAAGUCACCCGGCCGCCGCAGGGGCAAGCCGCCAGGAGUCAAGUUCCUCGAGGACGCCCGCAGAGAGGAGAUCCUGUCCUGCCUGGCCACUCAGGGCAGGCUCGAGCAUGCGCCCGCGUUGGACGGCGACCGUGCCGACGAGCGCCCCGAGCACUCGACCAGCCUAGCGCUCAGCAUGCUGUUCGAGCGCCAGGUAUCCGCGCCAGCGGACUACUGCAGGCAGCUGGACGGCUUCGAGCGCCAGCUCUCGGGUAAGCUGCCUGGGGUGAAGUCCCUCGCAGACGCCCGCGGGAUGGAGAUCCUGUCCGGCAUGGCCACACAGGGCAGGCGGGCCGGGGCAGCGGGCUGGAGCCGCGCGCGGGCGCUCCUGGGCGGCAGCGGCCUGCCCUGCGACCCGCCCCGGCGGGCGGCCUUCGCCCCCGCGGCGGGCGCCCGGCAGCAAGGGCUGCGCUGGGGGCGCCAGGCAGUGGGCUGCGGGGGCGCCGCUGCAGCUGCAGGGGCCCCUGGGCCGAGGGAGUUCCUGGACCUCUGCGGGCCCGAGCCCGCGGCGGGGCCCUGCGCCGCCGGCCUGCCGCGGGGGCCCUGGCCGCCGCCGCGGGCGGAGGCCGUGGCCGCGGCCCGGCCGGGCGCCGCCGGCGAGCGCGAGGCGGCGGCGCCCGCGGGCGACGGCGGCGCUGGCGGCGCGGCCCCCGCGGCGACGGCGGCGGCUUCGGUGCCACCGCCCGCGGCCGACGGCGGCGACGGCAGGAGCCAGCCAGCUCCCGGGGCCGACGCCGGCCGCCGCAUCCACAUGCGCCUGGCCGGCGAUGGCACGGAAGGCGGAAGGAGGCUCGGGAUCGAGGCGCUCGAUGUGACGGCUGGGGCCGAGAGGGGCCUCAUUGUCUCGGCCAUCCUCGAGGGCGGGCUCGUCGCUGCGUGGAAUGCGCGGCGGACCGAGGGGCGCCUUGGCGUCGGGGACAGGAUCGUCGAGGUCAACAGCCGGACGGAGGCCCCGGGCGCCGCGGCGGCCAGCGGGCUCAACGGCCUCCCGCCGUGCGCGGGGGAGCUGCCCGAGGAGCCCCGCGAGCGGGAGGGCACCGAGCACGGCGGCGAGCCCGCGCGGGAGGAAACCAAGUCCAGCAGCGGCAACAGGCGCUGGCAAAGCGAGCGGCGUUGGCAAAGCGAGCCGCUGCGGAGAUUGAAGGCUGAGGUCGACCCCGGCAGGGUUGCGGCGCGGCGCCACAGCGCGACCGGUAGGGUGCAGACGGUGCGGCAACAACGCGUUGAUGGGCUGGUGGAGGAAAUCUGGCAGAACCAGGAGAGGGCGACGCCUUCGGCACCACGACCUCCAGCCUGUCCUCGCUGGAGGCGGAGGGCGGCGUGUGCGCACCCCUGUGGCUCCGCGUCUGCGGCACCCUCCCGUGGGGCCACGGCUCGGCCCUGCGCGCCUGCUACCCCUCCCUCGUGCUCGGGUCGAUGGCUUUGCUCUUCCUCUGUCAUCGUCUGCUUCCUCGCGUUCGCAGCAGCCUACGUCCCGGCCGGGUCGUGCGAGCGCCAGGUGUGUCUGGGCUACAUCCAGAUCGCCGACCUGGCUCUGGCGGUGGGCAGCCUGUCUGGGCUGGUCUUGAUUAGGCCCCUGGCGUCUCUGGGCAUCCUGGGCAGCUCGGAGUCCAUUCUCGUCGCCUACGCCCGCCGCCAGGACAUCACCGCGGCCUGGUCGGCCGCCAUGCGGGGCCACAACGUGCGGCUAGUUUUGCUGUGGACGUGCAGCGUGGCGAUGCGCUGUGCCCCGCUGCUGAAAGGGCACCCUCCUUCGCCCCUGGACGCCGCCAGGGCAGGAAGCUUCGCCGUGGUGAGCCUGGUCUUCCUGGGCAUCGUGGACGGCAUCCUCCACGUGAGCUGCGCCCUCACCAUGGUCAUCGACUCGUACGUCAAGCACUUCGACGGCGCGCACUUCAGGCUGGCCACGAGCGUGCACGAGUGGAACCUGUUGCAGGCCGUGCUUCGCAAGGUGUCGGGGGCGGCCGAGAAGGGCUUCUUGGCGGUGCAGAGCACCGCAGUCGCGCUGGGCACGGGCGUGAUCCUGGCAGGGCGAGGCCAUUUGACGUCAGGAAAUUUGUCAAGCAACUUGGGGGACCUGACGCCGCUGUUCUCUGCCGCAUUGCUGGUCGUUGGCGUCAUGUUCAUCUUCUUCAAAGCUGCGGAGGUCUCAGAGAGGUGCAUGCGAAUGCCCUCAGUGAUCAACUCGUUGACCUUCGGAGAGUGCGUCGACAGUCGGAGACACUACCUGGUGCAAUUCAUGACCUACAGCGCCGCAGGGUUCUACGUAGGCGAAGUCCGUCUUACAGCCGCGAUCGCGCUGAAGUUAACGUACUUAUGUUGCAUCCUCGCGUUCGCCGGUCUAAGCCAGCUAUACGCCGAGGACGCCCCAUAG